UCAGCGCAAGAAUGCGUACAAUCCUGAUCCUCACGCUUCUAGUCUCAAGCCUGGCACUGAGCAAGGGCAACGCCAGUCACAAGCGCGUCCGCUUGGUGCCGCCUGCCAACCUGUCCGUCACGUGCCCCAGCUCCACGUUCUCGAGCCCGAGUUUCACCUUCUGGUACUACCCCAAUGGCACGUUCAUCGAGACCAGAGACAGGGUGAUGGUCAACGAGGAAACGGGCGCUCUGUUCAUCCAGGACCUGACCAACGACGACUGCGGCUUGUACUAUUGCACGUCCCUGGCGGACGGAGGCGGUCCCGGUAGAUCUGCCGGACUCACAUUCGUGGAAGUCUACACCGUCGAGUCUAAGCCUUACUUGGAUAGGGCGUUUGCCGGCGGUGUGGCUGCCCUCUGCGUACUUACGACGGCGGUUUUCAUAGCGCUGGUUGUUAGGUUUAGAUAUCGAAGCGAAGAGGAGAAGAAAAAAAACGUUCUUCCUGUGGUCUCGAGGACGAAUGUGGGUUACGAUCAUACAGAAAGUUCUACGUCUUUUUAGUCCUUGUUUUCGGGAGGGCUCGGCCAUGUUGAAAUAA